AUGGAAAAGAUAGACACUUCAACAAACUCGAAAAGGAUUCAAGAUCCAUACCUCAAAGUUGUCAAAGGAGACCCCAAUGUCUCUUAUGUUGUUUAUUCCGUUGACAAAAAUGCAACAUUGGACGUUGCAGAGACUGGUAAUGGGUCAUUAGACGAAUUCAUUGAAAACUUUACCGAUGGCCAGGUUCAAUUCGGUUUAGUCAGAGUUACUGUUCCCGGCUCUGAUGUGUUUAAGAAUAUUUUGGUAGGAUGGUGUCCUGAUAAUGCACCUACGAAAUUGAGAAUGUCGUUUGCAAACAAUUUUGCAGAGAUUUCAAAAAUAUUCAAUGGUUAUCACAUUCAAAUCACCGCCAGAGACCAAGACGAUUUGGAUGCUGAUGACUUUUUGAACCGAGUCUGUGCUGCUGCUGGUGCAAGAUAUUCAACUGUGUCAGACGGAACCGCCAAAAAACCAGCAAACAACGUCUCCAAGCCCAUUGUCUCAAAGCCAGUUUCAUCAUCCAGCAAACCCUCAUUCGUUCCAAAAUCCACUGGGAAACCAAUUUCUGCUGUAUCUUCCGGUCACAAGUUUAAGCCUAAAUCCGAUGACGAUGGGUGGGGAGAUGCCCAAGAUGUCGAAGAACGUGACUUUGAUGAAAAACCAUUGGAGGAUGUGCCUUCAACAUACAAGCCAACUAAGGUCAAUAUUGAAGAAUUGAGAAAACAAAAAUCUGACACUGUUAGCUCAACUCCGAAGUCCAAAUUUAAUGCCUCUCAGGACAAACAGGAUGAGGAAGGAUCUCCAAAACCAUUGAGUGAACGUAUGAAAGCUUACGAACAAGGUGAUGGUAGAUUGACUUCACUUCCAAAACCAAAAGUUGGACAUUCAGUCGCUGAUAGAUAUAAAGCAAAUGCCACCCCAUCUGGAGCACCUUCAUUCGGAGCAAAGCCAACUUUUGGGGCAACCAAGAAUGAUAGAAGCGAUAAAGUUGUUGGGGGCUUUGCAAGAAAUUUUGGAGCCGAGAAUGGUAAAACACCAGCACAAAUAUGGGCCGAAAAGAGAGGUAAAUACAAGACUGUGGCGGCUGAAGAUGAACCUGAGGCAGGAGAUGAAGAUCAUCAAAAGGAGUCUUUUCAGAGUCAUGCCUCGGAAUUGGCCAGCAAAUUUGAAAAGAAGGCUAACAUUGAUGAUGCUGAUGAGGGGGAUGAGGAAGAUGAAAAACCUGCAUCCUCACCUGCAAGGAACUUGCCUCCUCCGCCAGCAAGACAAAACUUUUCAGCUGCUCACAUUGAGGAAGACGAUGAUGAAGAAGACGACGAGGAUGAAAAACCCGCCAAGUUACCAGCUAGAAACAUUCCCGCACCAAGUUUACCAUCUCGUAAUGCUCAAUAUGAAGAUGAUGACGAUGAAGAGGAGGAGGGAAACGACGAUAAGCAGCCUGCUGGAUUCACCCCUUCUUUGCCAUCUCGUGGCUCCCACCAAAAUGAGCCCAAACCACCUGUCUUGCCUGGAAGAAACUUACCUCCAGCAUCUAAAGGUUUCGAUGAUGAUGACGAGGAUGAAGAAGAUGAUGAUGAGAAACCAGCUACUUUGCCAGCAAGAAAUUUGCCUCCACCACCCCCAAGACAACCUAGCCCAGAGGUCGAAGAUGAAGAAGAGGCGGAAGAGGAAGAACAGCCUGCUACUGGCGCAGAUCCAAACUCACAACAUGCAGGAUCUGUGACUGCUACAGCAGAAUACGAUUACGAAAAGGAUGAGGAUAAUGAGAUAGGUUUUGAGGAAGGUGAUCUCAUUAUCGAGAUUGACUUUGUGGAUGAAGACUGGUGGUCUGGAAAGCAUUCAAAGACUGGUGAAGUUGGUCUUUUCCCAGCCAAUUACGUCACUUUGAAUAAGUAG